AUGAUGAGCCCAAGCGAUGAUGACAAUUUCAAAGUGAAGGUGAUCCAACACACUCCGAGUAAAGGCAAAAUUGUUGAACAGGAAUUGGAUGAAUAUGCUGUGAGUGAGGAACAUACCAUCAAUAAGGUUCGGGAGGAGAGAAAGACGUUUUUCAUGCAAAUUUCAGUCUCUUCUUUGAUCGUGAUGGCAUCUUUUGUGAUGAGUAUCAUCUUUCUCGCACUUCAUGUUUGGCAACGAUGGAAUCAACGAAAUUCAAAACAUAGCAAAGAGGAUGAAGAAGCUUAUUAUGCAGCGUCUGCAGGAUUUUUCGCUGGCUUUUGUGUCUGCAUCACCUUGUUCGUGUGUUCAGUGUUGUAUUGCUUGGCAAAAACCAUUUUGAUCGUUUUGCUUGCAGAGCAUGACAGAACGCUACUGAAGAGAAGAAUGACAAGCAAGUAG